AUGGUGCCACUACUUCUAAUUUUAUGCCUUACUCUUCCCGUGCUUUUGUUAUUCUUCUUCCAAUACCGCAGAAACUUAAAGAACCCACCCCUUCCACCUGGUCCUAGAGGCCUUCCCAUUAUAGGGAAUCUUCAUCAGCUCAAUAGUUCUUCUCUUCAUCUUCAGCUAUGGCAACUUUCAAAGAAAUAUGGCCCUCUAUUUUUCCUUCAAUUAGGUUUAAGGCCAGCCAUAGUUAUUUCCUCAUCUAAAUUGGCCAAAGAGGUUAUGAAAGACCAUGACCUUGAGUGUUGUGGAAGACCUAAACUACUUGGCCAACAGAAAUUGUCCUACAAUGGGUUAGAGAUGAUAUUUUCCCCAUAUAGUGACUUUUGGAGAGAAAUUAGGAAACUUUGUGUUGUCCAUGUCCUUAGCUCUAGACGUGUCUCUAGAUUUUCCUCAAUAAGGCAAUUUGAGGUCAAACAAAUGAUAAAGAAAAUAUCUAACCAUGCUUCAUCUUCGAAGGUUACAAAUUUGAAUGAAGUGCUAAUGCGUCUCACUAGCACCAUGAUAUGUAGAAUAGCCUUUGGGAGAAGAUAUGAAGAUGAAGGAACCGAAAGAAGUAAGUUCCAUGGGAUGCUGAAUGAGUGUCAGGCCAUGAUGGCAACUUUCUUUUUCUCGGAUUAUAUUCCUUUCUUGGGUUGGAUUGAUAAACUCAAGGGACUGCAUGCUCGUCUUGAAAGAAUUUACAAUGAAUUGGAUAAGUUCUACCAGGAUGUUAUUGAUGAACACAUGGAUCCCAAAAGAAAGACUCCAGAGAAUGAGGAUUUCAUAGAUGUCUUAUUUCAAUUGAAGAAGCAACGUUCGUUUUCCAUAGAUCUCACAAAUGAUCACAUCAAGGCGGUGUUGAUGGACAUGCUUGUAGCAGCAACAGAUACAACCGCAGCUACAACAGUCUGGGCUAUGAUUGCACUACUAAAAAAUCCAAGAGUAAUGAAGAAAGUUCAAGAAGAAAUUAGGAGUUUAGGAGGUAAAAAAGAAUUUUUAGAAGAAGAUGAUAUUCAAAAGUUUCCCUAUUUCAAGGCUAUGAUAAAAGAGAUACUGAGACUGCAUCUACCAGCACCACUACUUGUGCAAAGAGAAACAAAUGAAGCAUGUAUUAUAGAUGGCUAUAAAAUUCCAGCCAAGACAAUAGUGUAUGUGAAUGCUUGGGCUAUCCAUAGAGACCCCGAGGUAUGGAAAGACCCAGAAGAGUUUUUACCAGAGAGAUUCUUAGACAAUACUAUAGAUUUUCGAGGGUUAGAUUUUGAGCUAAUUCCAUUUGGUGCUGGUCGUAGAAUUUGCCCUGGUAUGCCUAUGGCAAUUGCUUCUUUGGACCUUAUUCUUGCAAAUCUUCUUAAUUCGUUUGAUUGGGAAUUGCCAGAAGGAAUGGAAAAAGAAGACAUAGAUACUGAAAUGUUGCCAGGACUUACUCAGCAUAAGAAGAAUCCUCUAUAUGUUUUGGCUAAGUGUUCAAUCUAAAAGUUUGAUUAAUAAAAUUGUAGUAAUAUUGUUUGUAUUCUGCCCGUGAGUAUAAGGUAGGAAAAUAAGGGCAUGCAUGUUGAUAUUACAUAUGUAGAUUGUAAUAUCUGGCCUGUAUCUUUAUUUUAGCGCACUGAAAUUUUGCCCCUUUUUUUUUAUUGUUUGCUUCCUUUUCAUAAUCCUUUUCUAGCUUC